UCCGAAAAAUUGUACAGUGGACAGUAGUGGAGCGAGACCCUUUGUUGUUGUGUGUGUAUGAGAGAGAGAGAGAGAGAGAGAGAGAGAGAGAGAGAGAGAGUGAGAGAGAGAUUUCCAUCCAUAGGAGGAGGCAGACCAGGCCGGUCUGAAUCGGGCUGUCCAUUCGUUUGAUUCUUUGCGCUCCAUCGUUCUAUCAUAUAUGCGCGGGUGCAUUUGCUCGAUUGGCCGUUCUGCCCCGCACGGACAUCAGCUCCCUGCACCUCAAUACAUAGAGGUUCAGUUCCUCUCGGCCGCGCAGCUGCCGUCGUCGUCGUCGUCGGCGCUUUCUUUCGUCUUCCCCUUCUCGCGAAAGCGCAGUCGAGAUGGCGCCCGCCGCUGCCGCUGCUGUUGCCGCUCACGCCACUGGCAUGUCGCUGAAGAUCGUGCCGUCCCUCGGGAAGUCGGAGUUCGUCGGCACCCAUGUCGCCCAAUCCGCGGCCUCCGCUGCGCGUGUCGUGCCGCGGGCCAACCUCUCCGCGCGUGCGGGCGGCUACGAGGAGGAGCUCCGCCAGACUGCCAAGACCAUCGCCUCCACUGGCAGGGGUAUUCUAGCCAUGGACGAGUCCAACGCGACCUGCGGCAAGCGUCUCGCCUCCAUUGGCCUCGAGAACACCGAGGCUAAUCGUCAGGCUUACAGGCAGCUCCUGGUCACCGCUCCCGGCUUGGGCCAGUACAUCUCCGGCGCCAUUCUCUUUGAGGAGACCCUGUACCAGUCCACUCUCGACGGUAAGCCCUUCGUCAAUGUGCUCCAGGACCAGAACAUAGUCCCGGGCAUCAAGGUUGAUAAGGGUCUUGUCCCGCUCGCUGGUUCGAACGAUGAGUCCUGGUGCCAAGGUCUCGAUGGGCUCUCUACCCGCUGCGCCGAGUACUACAAGCAGGGCGCUCGAUUCGCCAAGUGGCGCACUGUCAUCAGCAUUCCGAACGGCCCGAGCCAGCUUGCGGUGACGGAGGCUGCCUGGGGCUUGGCGCGCUAUGCCGCCGUCGCGCAGGACAAUGGCCUUGUGCCAAUUGUCGAGCCCGAGAUCUUGUUGGACGGUGAGCACACAAUCGAUAGAACCUUGGAGGUGGCUGAGCACGUCUGGGCUACGGUCUUCAAGUACCUCGCAGAGAACAAUGUCAUGUUCGAGGGGAUUCUGUUGAAGCCGAGCAUGGUGACGCCUGGAGCGGAGGCGAAGGAGCGCGCGACGCCGGAGGAGGUGGCGGAGUACACGUUGAAGCUCCUAAGGAGGCGGGUGCCGCCGUCGGUUCCAGGAAUCAUGUUCUUGUCAGGAGGGCAGUCUGAGGUGGAGGCCACGCUCAAUUUGAACGCGAUGAACCAGUCUCCGAACCCGUGGCACGUGUCGUUCUCGUACGCGCGAGCGCUGCAGAACUCUGUCUUGAAGAUGUGGGGGGGUGAGCCGGCGAACGCUGAUGCCGCGCAGAAGGCGCUCGUGUACAGGGCGAAAUUGAACUCGCUCGCGCAGCAGGGCAAGUACGAGGGUGAAGGCGAGACUGGAGCGCAGGAGAGCCUCUUCGUUAAAGGGUACACGUACUAAUUGGCUGAUCGAUUGGAGGAUUGAUCUUGUAUUUUGCGCCGCGAACGGGGGGUUUGCUCCGUACGCAAACAGAAUGGGCGGGUGUGGUGGUCACACGCAUACACACACACACAUAUACACACACACACUCACACACACACACACACACACACACACACACACACACAGAGAGAGAGAGAGAGAGAGAGAGAGAGAGAUUAGUGUACGAUGAAUCUUUUUUUUUUUUUUUUGACGCUAGAUAAGGUUAGCUCUCCCACAACUUUCAGCCAACGAUGGUACAUGUUAUCUUCAGUAUCUUCAAGUUUGGGUAUAGUAAGUAUCACUGACUGUCGCGAAUAGUCGUGUUAUGGUAGAUGUUCGGAAGAGAGGAGAGGCGGACUAUUCGCGCAUGCGGGGGGGCGAAGGGUACGGCGUAGUCGUCGCGGGAUUUGAUUCGAUCGAUGACUCGGUGUUUCUCUGUUUGUCUGUUCAAUUCAUAAUCCUUUUCUUUUAUCUACGCAAACAGAAACCGGGUCUUUGUGUGUCUAUGCCGCCCGCGCAUCCAACAUUUCUAUACCAUUCCCCCUCUCUACUCCACAACUCCAUAUGUCAACUCUUGGUUCCCAGGUGCUCAUCUAUGAGUGUCCAUCGGCACUUCUUUUUACUUACUGUCAUUAUCCCCUCUCUACCGUGCGUCGAGAGUCACCUGCGCGGGGACCUGCGCGGGGAGAGCGAGCGUCCAUUCCCCUGACAACUGUACCCCUUCGUUUGACACAUCCCUUCGCUCGACACAUCCCGCUUGAAAGGGGUUAAGAUAAGAAAUGGAAUGGCGAUUCUUUCACGGAGUCGCGGACACUACCCGCUUUUCUCUACCACUUCAACCCUUUUGUCGGUCCUGUGAUUUUGCCUUUCUACCCCUUGAGUGAGAGGCGGCCGCCUGGGAUGAAAAAACUGGGGUGACCACGGAGGGGAGAGGCCAGUCCUUUGGACAUUGGAGUCAGAAGCCAGUGCCAUAUGCUAAGGUAAGGUAGGAGCAGCAGAUAUAUAUCCGAAGUUUUCUCGCUGUCGUCAACGAGACAAAUAAUUCGAUUCGAGUGGGAACUAAAACCCGCCCGCUCGCUGUCUUUUCUGUGUCCCUCUGCUUGCCCAGGCGACGACGAAUAUUCUUACCGCGAUCCCGGCUGGGCCAAUUAGCGAACGAUGACCACAAGGACGUGUCUGCAACGGCGAGAGGUGUGUGCCGUUGUCCCCUCAGCCACCAUCAUCGGCACUUUCGCAUAACGGAUAUGGAUGGAAUCCUCUUUUUGAGGUUUUAGUCCUGUCAAGAGAGAACCUGAAAAAUUGAACGAUACAGAGAAUGUCGCGCUUGACCCUAAGCGACGGGGGAAGAAAUGAGAAAUGAGGAAUGAGGACGAUGUGCAUCAUUCCAGCAUGAGAUGAGAAGCGCUGAGGACGAUGUGCAUCAUUCCAGCGUGAGAUGAGAAGAGCAGCACUGUCCUCCAGAAAAGAACGCCGCCUUGUUGAUACGUCAUGCAUGACGGAAAAGAUAAGUGAAAACAACGACAACAACAACGGUGUGCACAAUAUUCCAGCGUGAGAGGAGUACUCUUUCUCCUCAAUUGUGUGUUGUUGCUGGGUUAUGUGAGGAUUUGAACUCGCUAUCUGUUUACUAACGGUGACAUGUGCAUGCAAUUCACCCACGUGGUGCUAGUUGUGACAUGUGUAUGCAAUUCAGCCACGUGGUGCUAGUUGUGACAUGUGCAUGCAGCAAUUCAGCCACGUGGUUUAAGUUGCGGUAUGAUGAUGGUGUUAUGGCCCUGGAAUAGAAUGAGGACUCGCCUUGACCCGUGCAUGACGGAAAAGAUAUGAGGAAAAAAACCGCCGGCGUGUUCAAUUCCGGCGUGAGGAGAGCAGUCACUGUUCUCUCCUCAGCUGUGUUGUCGGGUUAUAUGACAUUGUCAGAUAGAUUCCAUGUCUGCUGAGGCGGUGGAGAUCGACGGGUUGGUAGGUGUUCUC